AUGACUCAACACAUUAUAAAUUUGGUCCGCUUCUUUUGCAACAUAUUUCUUUUUUUUUCCCCUAGUAAUCCAUUUGUUUUCUACCAUCUCUUUACUGUCAUUCUGUCUUUAUCUUUUCUUUAUCUGUCUCUAUUUUUCUCUUCUUUUCUUCUUCUUCUUCUCUUCUUUUCUUCUUCUCUUCUUUUCUUAUUUUUCAUCACUUGUUAUGCUUCAUUUCUUCCUCUUUACUUUCCUUGUGUUCUCUUUCUUUCUCUCACCUUUCCUCAUGCUGGCUUUCUCUCACCUUUUCUCUUAUUCAUUUUGUCUCUUCCUCUCCCUUUGUUUUCCCCUGACACUCUCCCUCUCCCUCUCCUUCUCUGUUUCUCUCUGUUGUCUUUCUGUCUCCCCCUCUAUCUGUUUCGCCACUCUCUCCCUCUCUCUCUGUCUCUCUUCCCCCUCUCUCUGUUCGCUCUCUAUCCCACUCUCUCUCCGUCUCACCGCUUCUUUUUUUGUUGUUGUUCUUUCAUAUAUAAAUACGAUUGUGGAUCUGCGUCCGUGUGCGUGAUCUUAUUUAUUAAAUUAUCUCACUGGCCUGCAUGGUAUUAUCUCCACGUCCCUAAAUCACGCCCUAACAACACCGACCUCCCCGCCUCUCUCUCUCUCUCUCUCUCUCUCUCUCUCUCUAUCUAUCUAUCUCUCCCCCACCCGCCUUAA